AUGAGGAUGAAACUGAGCAUCUACAAUAUGCAGCUGCUGCUUCUGGUCUUUUUAGCGUGGGACUCAAGCAGGUUGGUGCUGGCAAACAUCCAAGAAGAUGAGGCUAAAAAUAAUAUUACCAUCUUUACAAGAAUUCUAGACAGACUUCUGGAUGGUUACGAUAAUCGGCUUAGACCAGGACUUGGAGACAGUAUCACCGAAGUCUUCACUAAUAUCUACGUGACCAGUUUCGGCCCUGUCUCGGAUACAGACAUGGAAUAUACAAUCGAUGUUUUUUUCCGACAAAAAUGGAAAGAUGAGCGUUUAAAAUUUAAAGGUCCUAUGAAUAUCCUUCGACUUAAUAAUUUAAUGGCUAGCAAAAUCUGGACGCCAGAUACCUUCUUUCAUAAUGGGAAAAAAUCUGUAGCUCAUAAUAUGACAAUGCCAAAUAAGCUACUUCGAAUUCAGGAUGAUGGAACGCUACUGUAUACAAUGAGGCUUACAGUGCAAGCCGAAUGUCCAAUGCACUUGGAGGAUUUUCCAAUGGAUGCUCAUUCAUGUCCUCUGAAAUUUGGCAGCUAUGCAUAUACAACCUCAGAGGUCACUUAUAUUUGGACAUAUAAUGCAUCUGAUUCAGUACAGGUUGCUCCUGAUGGCUCCAGGUUAAAUCAAUAUGAUCUUCUGGGUCAGUCGAUUGGAAAGGAGACAAUUAAAUCCAGUACAGGUGAAUAUACGGUAAUGACAGCUCAUUUCCACUUGAAAAGAAAAAUUGGGUAUUUUGUGAUUCAGACAUACCUGCCUUGCAUUAUGACUGUCAUUCUAUCGCAAGUAUCAUUCUGGCUUAACAGAGAAUCGGUGCCUGCAAGAACUGUGUUCGGAGUAACCACUGUUCUGACGAUGACAACUUUAAGCAUCAGUGCCAGGAAUUCUCUUCCCAAAGUGGCUUAUGCAACUGCCAUGGACUGGUUCAUUGCUGUCUGUUAUGCAUUUGUGUUCUCUGCCCUAAUUGAAUUUGCAACUGUUAAUUACUUCACCAAGAGAGGAUGGGCUUGGGAUGGGAAGAGUGUAGUAAAUGACAAGUCCCCUUCAAUAAAAGCUGAAGUCAUUACACUAACAUACAACUCAGUGAAGGCAAUUCUUCAAGGAGCUAAUCUAAUAUGGUCCAAGGACCUAGCUAUCUCAUGGCCCAGUUUAACCCAAGGAAAGACUUUAGCGUACUUAGAGAAGUGGAUGGACUGUUUAACCUUCCAACAAUAUUCUAAAAAAGAGAAAGCCUCUGUCAUGAUACAGAACAACGCUUACGCCGUGGCAGUUGCCAAUUACGCCCCGAAUCUUUCCAAAGACCCAGUUCUCUCCACCAUCUCCAAGAGCGCCACCACGCCAGAACCCAACAAGAAGCCGGAAAACAAGCCAGCGGAAGCCAAGAAAACCUUCAACAGUGUCAGCAAAAUUGACAGAAUGUCUAGAAUAGUUUUCCCGGUUUUGUUUGGUACAUUUAAUUUAGUUUAUUGGGCUACAUAUUUAAACAGAGAGCCUGUAUUAGGAGUCAGUCCUUGACUCUAGAUGUUAGUUGUGUUGGGAUGUACAGCUUCAUUAAAUUCGGUUUGUUUUACUGUAAACAGUUUGACUAAUAACUGCUAAUUUAUGAAACCAACAUGUAUAGUCUGUAUAUACUGGUAGAGCUUACCUGUAGACCUUUAAUGGAGAUACGCAUUUGUUAACUCAUGGAACCAUGAGCGGAAAGCACCCCCAUACCAAAAGAGCCAUUGCCUUUCAAAGAGACUUGACCUUAAGAUGAACUUAAUUUCUUACUCUAAUAUUGUUUAAAAAAAAUGCAGUUUCUGUGUCAUCCUUUAAGGACACUUUUGAUUUAGGUCUUAAAUAGAAGUGUCUUCUUGUGUGACUGAAUUAUGGUGGGACAUAGCAUCAUUCAGUGAUGAGUUGUCCUAAAUAGCAGUCUCUCUUCACAACAUGAAUUCCCAUGAUGAGUGCUUCAAAUCCCUGCUAGUAAAAUUGAAUGCUUGGCCCAUAUAUCAAGAAAAGCUAGAGUUCUUAAAGCAGCUUUUAACUAUUGUGUAUAGUGUCUAUAGCCAUGUACAUAUUACAGCAUGACAAGUUCCAGUACUUACAUGAGUCUCCCUGACCAGAUGUUAAUUAUGCCUAUGAUACAGUGACUUUUGGAAUGUCAUGAUCAUUACAUUUUUAGCUUCAGAUUUUAUUUGAAAGUAUUAAUUGAAAUCUUAUUUCACUCAUUGGAAACUACCUGAAAUUUAAAAAUAUACAUAUAAUAAAUGUGUCUUACUCCUUCCAAGUAUGUGUUGUAUUGAAAUUGAUCAGCUAAAUUUUCUUGGUGCUGGAGACCGGACAGGUGUGCCUGCUGUGGAGCAACGUUCGUAAUGGAUUAGAAAACUGUGCCAAAAACUCCCAUUGAUGAGAAUCCAUAGGUGUCCCCAGCUUCAGAUGAGCACUUCUAUGAUUCUCCUCUUUCCUGUUUACUGCAAGUUCUGCCUUAAGGCUUCUUUUCAUCAGGACUCAGGAGCCACUCAUUAUAAAGGAAAGGGCAGUGCAUUGGCACACUUUUCUGUCUUGAAAGUAGCUCUUUCAGAUAAGAAUUCAUGUAAAUCUGCCUUUGUAAAUUGCAACUUUAAAUUUCGCUGACUCAAAUUUACAACAGCUUUGUAUACUAGAAGUGGUUUUGGUAAGAGUUCUCAACAUUUUUAAACUGCAACUUUAAUGCGUCACUGACAGAUUGUGGAUUAUCUCACACGCACAAACGUGAACACACAUAGAGAUUAGAAAUCACAAUUCUCAAUUUUAUAUACUACAAAUGAUCAAUUAAUAAAUUCAUUUUCUUUUAAUAUCUAAAAAUACUCUUUAUGCCCCCAGAGUAUGGUAAUAAACAUUAACAAUUGUGUAUUAUGCUAGAUUCAAAGUUUUUGGCAAACCUAAAACACUUUUGAUUGACAUGUGCAUUAGCAGUUAUUAGUUGACUUUUACUAAUAGAUGCACCUUUCUGGUGAUGUUUUUGUAGAAACACAAGUAGUCAAAUAGUGGCAUUUUCUGCAGUUUUGUAAAGUAUUUGAGUGUAGUGCAUAAAUAGGUUUGUUCAUAAAAUCAAUAAAAAAUAUGGAA